GAACUCACUCAAUUUGCUCAAAAACAGCAGAAAACUUUGAAGAACUCUGAAAAAGUUGGAGGAGAGAGAAGAAAUACAGGGGAAGCUGCUCAUGGAUGCAUGGAGAGGUCCAGGAGCAGACAACACUCACCAGGCUAUAUUUGAUGCAUAUGGAGCUUAUCUUCAUGGUUCUCAGGGCACCCAUAUAAGCCAGCAACAACAAUGGUUAAGUUCUGCUUCUCUGAAUCAAAUACCAUAUCAUGCAUACCCCUGGAUGCAACACCCAGUGUAUGUUGCUGCUGAUGACAAUACAAUGCAUGGGAAUGAUCAAAACAAUGUGAGCUUUCAUACAAACCUGAGGGGAGACACUUCAAAGGGAAAGUCCACUCAAAUGUCUCCACCACUCCAACACCUUGUAAGUAUUUUGCGAAAAAAAUUCUGUCGUGACCAAUAGAAGGGGGAAAAAGGCAC